AUGUAAAUUCGUUAAGAGUAAGUAUAUAUAAUCAUUUAAGACCAGAUCUUGAUUGUGAAUCAAUUAAAAAUGCACUUAGAACAAUUAAUUCAAGACUCAAUUAUUUGUAGAAAUUAAUUCCACCUGAAAUUCCUGUUGAUAAGGAUCCAAAAAUACCUAAAUUGAAUUUAAAAAAAAUAGGAAUAAUUUAAGAUGAAAAUAAAUAAAUCUAAAAAAAAGCUCUAGCUAAUUUUGGAACUAACCAUUAAAAAUUGACAGAGUAAUAAAAUAAAGUUUCUUUUAAAAUGAGAAGUUAAUCAUUCAAUCAUUAUAAUGGAUCAAUAUUGCUUGAAUAAAAUUUUAAGAAUUUUAAUCCCCAAAAUCUUCAGAAUACUUUUGUUUAAAUUAAUAAAACUCAAAUUAUUGAUGAAUUUGAUAUUUAAAAAAAAAGUUUAGAAAUUCUUGAUAAGUCUUAAAUCAAUAAGGAAAAUCUUUAAUUGUAAUAUAAUCAAUAAGUACAACCGAUUAAAUUUACUUAGCCAGAAUAAAAGAUAAUCUUCUAGCAAUCAAAUAUAAAAACAACUCCAUUAAAAAUCAUAUGUAAAAAAUCUUAACCUAAUAUAUAAAUUAACGAAAUUCAAUAUUAGAAUUCUUUCCUUAAUCAAUAGUUAUAAAUAUAAUAACCUUGUUAAUAAUAUGUCAAGUAUUAAAUAAAUAAGAUUUUAGAGUUAUAUAAAAUUAUGAAUCCUCGAAUUGCCCAAUAUUAUAAUAUAGAUACUCUCAACAUCAUAAUUCUAGAUCAUCAUCAUUUCAUAACUUAGAGAACUGCUUUAAAAAUGAAAAAAAAAUUUGA